GGCGCAUCGUGCAACCAGUUCCCCUCCGGCUGCCGGAGGGUCAAGCAGCUCUCUUUCUUUUUUUCGUUCACGAUGCACGUCCACCGGUCCGUCGCUUUGGUCCUGUGCGGCCUGUCCUGGACGCUCGUCCUGGGCUCGGCCUCUGGCCUGGACGGCGACACAACUCCCAGGAGCGACGCAUCAAAGGAUUCAGCCUACACGUCUACCACAGGACAGGACCUUACAGGCGGGGCCGCGCGCGACAGGGACGGUGUUUCAAACGACACCAACGUCGUGGUUUUCACGCCCCCGGGCCGCAUCGACGUGCAGGAAGAAGAAGACGUCGUCGUGCGGGUGUCCUUCACGACACCCGGCAGUCGCACGAUAUCGGUGACCAGCGCCGACAGCGGCGUCGCCACGGUGGACGUUUCGCAGGUGUACCUGCAGGCCGGGGUCAACGAUACCGGCUUCAACCUCACCGUCCGCGGAGUCUUCGUAAGCUACACCAAGAUCUUUUUCAAGACGUGCCUGCUGGAGGACGACGUAGAGACGAACUGCACGGAGAGCAGCUACCUGGUCGCCGUUCUCCGCAACCCCACGGUGCUUCAGCAGUCCUUCCCGUACCUGAUCGCGAUCAUCGUGUCCAUCAACUACGUCAGCAUGGGCUGCCAGAUAGACCUGAAGCUCAUCGUCGACACGCUCAAGAAGCCGCUGCCUCCGUUCCUGGGUUGCGCCUGCCAGUUCCUCUUCAUGCCCCUGGUUUCCUAUGGCAUGGGCCUGCUCCUGCUCGAGAAUGCUCUCAUGCGGUUCGGAAUCUUCAUGCUCGGGUGCUCGCCUGGUGGAAACUCGAGCAACCUCUGGACUCUGAUUUUCAACGGCGAUGUUGCGCUCAGCGUCACCAUGACGUUCGUCAGCACCAUUGCCAGCAUAGGAAUGAUGCCCCUGUGGGUGUUCAUCCUUGGGCGGCACAUGUCUCCUGAGACGGGCGCGUUACGCAUACCCUUCUCCAACAUCAUUGCCAGCCUUGUAGGCCUGGCCGUACCCUUGGCCAUCGGCAUGGCCAUCCAUAGGUUCAAGCCUAAAUGGGCCCUGGCGUUGACUAAGUACAUCAAGCCCAUUACCAUCAUCGUGUUGAUCGCCAUCCUCGUCUUGAGCGUCACCGUCAACAAGUACAUUUUCCUGCUGAUGACGUGGCAAGCUCUGCUCUGCGGCGCCCUCGUCUCCUGGAGCGCCUACGUAUUCGGCGCGCUGGCCGCUUUCGUGGGUCGCCUCAGCCGAGCGCAGAUCAUCGCCGUGGCCAUCGAGAUCGCCUUCCAAAACAGCGGCAUCGCCGUCGUCAUCCUGUACACGUCACUUCCGCUUCCCGACGCCGAUCUCGUUAUCGUGCCUGUCGUCUGCCAGGCGAUCCUGCAGGGCGUGCCCCUGUACGUACUGUACACGGCCAAGCGGAUCCAGUCGUGCGUGUCCAAGCGGCUGCAUCCGGACGAGAAGUCGAUUCCCGAAUCCACUGGUUCCUCCGAACCGGAAAUGGAAAGCGGACUAUUUCCGGCGAAGGCCGCCGAUGGAGACGCUCGGGCCUCUGCGAUGCCUAACAAGGAUGCCCUGCAGGAGCUCCAAGACGUGGCCACCGACUUCGAGGAGAAGAAAUCUCGGCUGUGAUGUGUGUACGAAAGAGGCCGGACUAAGAACUUCGAAAACGAAUAUAUCGGUCCCUUUCGUUUCGGCCAGUGAUAAUCUCUCGCGCAUUCCUGCGCUCUGGUUUGCGCGCGGACGUGGUGUGUGGUUUUUUGAAGCGGCCUUUAACAGUGUAAUAUAUGCAUUGUCACCUGUCGCGUGCUCUCUGUACAGUAUAUAGUUCUUCAGUGCGUAAGGACUGAUGACGCCGGUGCGGGUGCGAUUGUGCGGGGUGUUUUAACGUGGGCUCGUUUUAUGAGAUUGAGCGACAAGAUGUAGAAUCUGCGGGUAUAUAUCUGUAUUUCAUAUGCGCUUGCGGUCACAAUUUUUUCCGGCUCAGCGAGGGCUCCUAAGACGUAUCGUGGAGCUAUUCGUGGGUUCGCCUUGUAAAAACACUUUCGCUGAAUUGACGUUGAGGAUGUCCAUUAAUCCAGUGGACAUAAAGAAAAUCGGAGAAGGGCGUCUUAUUUCAAAUCACUAUUUUAUCAAUUUUCAAGUGUGCAAGCUGGGGAACGCCUGCUAGUUGCUUGCAGCAAGGUGCGCACUUCAAGUCUGAAUUCAACACUGAUAUUUUAUCGUUAUAUAAAAAAAUGACGUUUUAUUGCUUCUACAUUGUUUUGUGACUGUGCAUGCGGGUUCACUGUUCUAAGUUCGCUCCGGUUUAUAUAUAAUUUUAACAUUGUGUCUACUGGAUAUAUUAUAUGUUAGAUGUAAUUUUAGUCAAUAAUAUAGGUUCAUUGUAUUUUUUUUGUAGCAGGGAAGCAUGUUAGUCCCUGCUAUAUGCCAGAUGUAUUGUUGAUGCCUUUUCUCGCUUCGGCAUUGCUUCGCGUUACCGUUUGUUAUAGGUUUUAAUCUGACUUUUUUAUACCGCGUUUUGUUCGUGCACUGAUGAUUCGUUGUAAGCUACAAUUGUGCCUUUGUUUUUCAAUGCAGAAUUGUCAUCGUUCAGUGCCCGUUUUAAGCACGAUUAUAUAUAAUGGUAGUGGUUCACCACACUUAGGGUUUUAACUGCUUUUUUUUUACUUUGCGAAUAUGUUCAUGUCGAAGAAGUUAUUGCCGUCAAACCGCAGGAAACUGCAGGGCAUUUUAACCGCCGGUGUUUCAGUAAUACUUUGCAUUUUUGAGUGUUCGUUUCAAAACUUGUUAAAAUGCGAGGUCUGUGUGUGCGCGUUACGUAACCCUUAGCUCUCUUCCGGCGAGAAAUAAACGAGAAAUGCUUUUGUAGAACAUGUGUGGGCUCAAUGCGAUAUUUGAGUGUGUUGCGCCGCUGUACAUGACGUUAAGAUUCGCAGUUGACACCGAUGCCUUGAGCGCAUUGACUGAAUUGUGCAAUAAACACAUUUUCUUUUUCAAACA